UAUCUUACCAUCUAUGAUUACCUACUAGACUGAUAUUUAGUUGAGAUACAAUUCCAGUCCCAGUAUCUAUUUACAUUGAACACCAUGAGCAUGUUUCUCCGUAGCCGACUCGCCGUGAGAGCCAUGCCCUCGGUCCGCCCGCUGGCCUACGCGCCCGGGCGCGGGCGUUUCUACGCCCACAGCUCUUAUGGCGGCGAGGGCGAAACCCAGGCCGAGCAGCCCAACAAUCAGCGCAACACUCCGACCCGCGAUAUCGAGCACCCAGGCCCGCCUCCUCCGGACACGAGCAGCGCAUCCACAUCCAAGUCCAGCUCGUCCACACCCAGGUCUAACAACGAGAGCCAGCAAGUACCAUCAAACAAGGCCCAUGCGACUCUAGCAGAUGGGGGUGACUCGCCGUACGUGGAUGGCGAUGGCAACAUAACGGCGGAUGCGCCGCGGGACGUGAAGCAACAUAACGAGGACUUGGCGAAGCGAUAUGACCAUCCGAAGGAGCAUGCUUGAACCAUGAUGUGGGGUGGUUGUCAUUUCUGUUGUAUUUUGAUAUGUUUGUUUAUUGUUAGUGUACUGUAUACAAUGAUCAAUGGAUUGGGAG